ACUUAUAUAAUUGUCAAGGUCAUAUUAUGAAUAUCGAUGCUCUCUGUAAAUUUCACUCCACAGAGUACGAUUCAUCAAUUAGGUUUUCAAAUAACCAGGUGCUAUACAGCAACACUGAUGGAACAUCAUGUAGGUUUAUCGAAAUAUUGGAUGCAGAAACAACCAACGUGCAACUGUUUGAAAAGCAUCUCAGACCUCUUGUUAAGGCAUUUCUCGCUGGUUACAAUGCCUGCAUAAUGUGUUAUGGUGAGAUCAAGUCUGAAAUCCAUAAACUUUUAAAUGGAUCCCGGGCUGAUAAAAGCGGUAUUUUGAAUCUAACGAUUACGGAAAUACUUCGGAGUAUAUCUUAUGGUGACAUCAGCUUUGAUUCCUUGAAAGACGCCUUAUCAUUUCAUUCUUUUGUCCUUCAAGAUGACGGAUUUUCGGACUUGUUGAAGGAAUUGGGAUCCAAAAGUGAUGGUCUGCGGGUGGUUUUUACGAUUAAUGAAGGAUAUCGACUUGAACCUAUUAAAGAGACUCGCGUAGAUUCGUUGAGUGCAGCCAUGAAUCUUUGCGAACAAGCAUCGAGAAACUACUUUGGUGGAGUUCAAAAAAUCAAUCAGGAAUCAAACAACGAACCAGGCGUUUUCAUUUUUCGAGUCAAAUUGAACGGAGCUAGUCUGAAUGAAAGACGAACGUUUAGGAGUAAAUUAACUAUAGUGUGUUGCACUGGCUUUGAGAAAAUUUAUCCGUCUAUGAAAAAUGAAGUCGAGUUUGGGAAUCACACCUCAUUGAAUCUAUUAUCACUGUAUAACCUCUCUUACCAAUUGGCAUCUGGAAGGCCUGGUAUUCGUAAGCUUCCAAACUACAGUGUUUCAAAUUUGACAAAAUUACUGUAUGAUGAAAUUGGUGGGAAUUGUUACACUAGAAUAAUUCUUUGUUUAUCAGAUAAUCCUGAGCCAGAGAUUUAUUCUCUUUUGUUGAGAUUUACUGCUCAACUUACUAAUAUUACAAAUUCACCGGUUAUGAAUGAUGAAUGUGCUUUACUGUUGGCCGAAAGAGCAAGAGAAACUCAAAGUAUAUUGGAACAAAUCAUUAAUGAACAAAAAACUGGGACUACAUUGAACAAUGGCACUAAUCUACUGAAUACGGAUUCAUCUUUGCUAAAACUAAAAGAACAUAUUCAAGAACUGUCUCAAAAUCUUGGUAAAACUCAUGAAGAACUAUCACAUGCUACUGAUGAACGAGUGAAGUUAUCUAAAGCAUGGCUUUUAAGUGAAGAAGAUAGAAUUGAUGCCAAUGAAAAAUUAGCAAAGACAGAAUUAGAAUUACAAGAAGUUACUCUAAAAAAUAAACAACUUCAAUUGAUAUGUGAGAAGGCGACAGAAGCUGCAAAGCAUUCAAUAGAAUUGCAAAGAUCUAAUGAUAUGCUAAAUAAUUAUUGUACAGAAUUAAAAAAGAAGCUAGGGGAUUUACAUGAAGAAUUAAAUAGAAUGUCUAUACGAAAUGAAGAACUGAGUCGUGAAUUACUACAUCAGACAGCUGAACAAAAAUCUGUAUUAACAUUUUUGGCAAAUAAAAAUACGGACAUGAAGACAAAAGAAUUGCCCAGGUUUGAGAAAGAAUUGGAUCGUGUUGAAGUUAUGCUUGGUACAACAGCGCAUCAUAAAAAAAAUGCAAAAAUUAAUUCGAUUCCUGAAACAUUUGGAUGCAAAAGUAAUACAUUCAAUACCAAUAAUGAGUCUAAAAAUCAACGAUUAUCAGAGAAUAAAUGGGCAGAUCUAAAUAACCAGAAAACCCUUCAAUAUGCUGAAAAACAAGUAAAAUUGGAUUUAAUCAUGAAAGAACGUGAUCAGCUUCAAAUAGAAUUAACAAAUACGAAUCGAAAAUUAACUCGAUUCUUAGAUCAUUUUAAAGCUCGUUUAAUUUGUCAUAUAAAUGGAAUAGCUCGUUUAGUAGACGCCACAAAAUCCAGUGAUCAAUUAAUUGUCAGAGAAGGACUUUAUGGUUUAGAAAAAUAUAUUAAACAUUUAAUUGCUGAUAUGAAUGCAACUUAUAAAAUACGUGAAAAUCAACUAGUCAACAUUUGCCGAUCACUUAAUGGUCAGUUGCAUGCAACACGUGAAGCAAUGCGUAAAGUGAUGAUUUGUUAUACUAAACUAAGAACACAAGCAAUACAACCUAAUGCAUCCAUUAAUGAUCCAGGACCUACACCACAAGAAUUAAUCAAUGAAUUACGUUGGUCAGGUAGAAGCAAUGAAGAUUAUUUAUUGAAUUUAAAAGCUUCUAUAAUGGCUGAAAGUACACAACCUGUUAAGUAAGCCUUAGAAAAAAAAGUGGUGAUCUCUCCUGACGAUUUUCAAUUUGCAUAUUUCUAACGAUUUUGGAGUUAAAAUAGAGCUUGUAAGCUAGGUGACUGGAAUCUUUCAUUUCAAAGACACACUACUUACCAAGCUUUCUUCAUAUAGUUAAAUAACAAUUCGGUAUUUCGUGAUAUCUUGGUCGACGUGCAUUAUUUUGCUGGUAAUUAAAACCUCUAAACUGUAUACUUGAUUUCUCUGCCUGGCGAAAUAUUUAGGCUUUGUAUUUUAAAACUAUGAAACUAAUUUAGUAUAACACACAAAAUGCACUCACUUUUGUAGCAAGCACGUGACCUAUCCUGACACUAGUAAAUCCAAAUGAAAACGGCAGAACGGUUGGUGGAUUUUCCUUUAUACACAUUCCUUGAAGAGAUAUGCAGAGAAUAUAUUAGAAUUCAUGCAUUAAGUGUGUUAUGCGGUUUGAGAAUGAGAGAAAAUUCUCACUUUGGUAGAUCCAGAUUACUGGUUGAAAUUGUUAUGCAACGUCGUUCAAAAACAUGUCAUAAUAACGAAGAUGCAUUUACUACUUUUAUUCCUCUCGAUCUUGAGCAAUAGUAUUUCUUUAUAUAUACCUUUUCAUUUCCUUCUACUUGAACCAUACUCCCAAUGUUCAGUCGAUUUCAUUAUCAUUUUCCCCAUGAUUAUCUCAACUCCUUUACUUCUCCUCUUUUUAGUUUCAUCUUAUCGGAUUUAAUUCAUCCUCAGUCCAUGACAUAACAUUCCAAUAACAAGUAACCAACUAAACGUAACCGAUACUAAAAAUCUCUGUCAUAAUUUCGUUUUCAUUCAUAAAAUAGAGUAUGUGCAAUAUUAUGUCAUAAAUUCUAAUGUAAUAAAUUAUUUUCAUAAGUGUAACCUUCAAAGCUGAAAUCAUGAGUCAAUUGAUGCUAGACCACCAUCGAAAACCUGGAAAC